UGCUGGUCCCACAGUGUGACCUGGGUCCCUGUACGGCCUCCCAUUGCUCCCACUCUGCCAUGUGCCACUUUGAGGUCUCCUCACACUCCUGCGGUUUUCCAUUUUGUCAUAGGUUGCUGGCAGAUUACAGGCCUCCCAUAGGUGCCGCCAGGCCCCAAAUCGGCCAUGGGCCCCCGUACCGCCUGGUCACGCUGCUGCUGGUCCCACAGUGUGACCUGGGUCCCUGUACGGCCUCCCAUUGCUCCCACUCUGCCAUGUGCCACUUUGAGGUCUCCUCACACUCCUGCGGUUUUCCAUUUUGUCAUAGGUUGCUGGCAGAUUACAGGCCUCCCAUAGGUGCUGCCGCCAGGCCC